AUGCCUGAGUCCCAAGAAGCAUCAAAUUACGAUGAGGUCUCUAUGAAGCAAAGCAUGCUCUUCUCUGAUGGUCUUAAGGACUUGAGGAAUCUGCGUACGCAGUUGUAUUCAGCAGCUGAGUAUUUCGAACUUUCUUACACAAACGACGAUAAAAGGCAGAUAGUUGUAGAGACACUGAAAGACUACGCAGUAAAGGCUCUGGUGAACACAGUUGACCAUUUAGGCUCUGUGACUUAUAAAGUGAACGACUUCAUCGAUGAAAAAGUCGAUGAAGUAUCAGAAACCGAACUACGAGUAUCAUGCAUCGAACAGAGGCUAAGGAUGUGCCAAGAGUAUAUGGAUCAUGAAGGACGUUCUCAGCAAUCACUUGUCAUUGACACUCCAAAGUUCCAUAAACGUUACAUCUUACCUGCUGGUGAAAUUAUGACUGCUACCAAUCUUGAAAAGCUUAAGUACUUUGGAAGCAGCUUAGAGGAUGCUGAUGAUUGGAACCAAUUCCGAAAUGCUGUUCGUGCUACAAUCCGGGAAACGCCUCCACCACCUACUAGGAAAUCAACCUCUCAGACUCCAUCUCCACGGCAGCCACCUCAACGAUCAGCAACCUUUUCGUUUACUUCCACCAUCCCAAAGAAAGAGCAAGAUAAGAGAUCAGUUUCACCGCAUCGGUUUCCUCUACUAAGAUCAGGAUCGGUCGCUACGAGGAAGUCAGCAUCAAACAGCCGGCCAACGACACCAAGCAAGAGCAGAGCUAUCACUCCUAUACGGUAUCCAUCGGAACCAAGAAGAUCGGCUUCGGUUCGGGUCGCGUUUGAGAAAGAAAACCAGAAAGAAACAGAGCAACCACAGCCGAGCAAGAGCAAAAGACUGCUCAAGGCUUUGCUUAGUCGACGCAAAACCAAGAAAGAUGACACUCUGUACACUUUCUUGGACGAAUACUGA